GAAAAUGUACUAGAGAAAGUUGACGCCUUUGCGAUCAACCCCUUUUGUUUGUGUGUGAUUACUAAAUUAGGCAAGAUGGAAAUCUUCAGAUGCUCCGAUGACAGUUGUGUGCCGGAAAAUGUGAGGCCGGAAUCCGAGUCCUCCACUCUGGCUUUGCAAUCACCUCUUUUGAAUAAACUCCAACCACAUUCCAUCCAGCUUCCCACAAUAUUCCCAAUCCAAAACUAUGACCAACCAUUACAAUCAAACCAUCUCUUUUCGAAACAUUUCCACAAAAAGAGAUGUUCCUCUUCAUCUUCAUCUUCAUCUUCGUCGCGGGGGAGGCUGUAUAGGGGAGUGAGGCAGCGGCACUGGGGGAAAUGGGUGGCGGAGAUACGGCUGCCGCGGAACCGGACGAGAGUGUGGCUGGGAACGUUCGACACCGCGGAGGAAGCUGCUUCCGCCUACGACACGGCGGCUUACAUUCUCAGAGGCGAUCACGCUAACCUUAAUUUCCCCGAUCGGAAGCACCUGAUCAAGGCCGGCGGCGGCACCAUCGAAGCCAAACUGCGAGCUGCUUCCAAUAAGGCGGUGAUGGUGAAUCCUGAAAAGAAGUCGGAAGUGGAAGUGGAUGUGAUGAUGGAGAUGAAUGUUGAUGGGGAUGCAGUGCAGCCGUUGAGCAGAAUGCCUUCGUUGGACAUGGAUGUCAUUUGGGAUGAACUUCAAUAUUGAAUAUUCAUCAUCAUCUUCACUUUACUUCGGAUCUACUAUACUAUGUUAUCAAAUACUACUACUACUAUCUUUCUGUUUGUGUUUCAAUUACGAUUAUUUGAAAACUGAGAGAUUACUUGGAACAAAA